GGGGGUUAAUUAUUAAACCUUUUGCUUGGUUGCUUACUUGUGCUGCUGAUGCUUUAAUCCUGGGUCACAGAAAGUUUAAGAGUGCUUUGCACCGGAGACUUACUUCUUUUAGCCUCAACUUUUCCAUACUGAAAGGAUGUUAGGAGUUUUGCUGCUUGCUUUCUCUGUAGUUUCUGUUGCUUCUGCUGAGCUCUGCAAGCCAGAUGCACAGAAUGCUUUCAAAGUACGGCUUAGUAUCAAAACAGCUUUGGGAGAUAAUGCAUAUGCCUGGGAUGCAAAUGAAGAGUACCUCUUCAAGGCAAUGAUGGCUUUUGCAAUGAGAAGAUACUCCAGCAAGAGCACAACUCAAAUUUCCAACGUGCUGCUCUGCAAUGUGACGGAUCGGGUGUCGUUUUGGUUUGUGGUCACAGAUUCCUCCAAAAACACAACAACUGUUCCUGGAAGUGAGGUAGAGGCAGCCAUCAGGAUGAACCGGAACAGAAUCAACAGCGCCUUCCUGCUGAGUGACAAAACACUGCAGUUCCUGAAGAUAUCCACAACCUUAUCACCUCCUGUUGAGCCCUCCACACCUGUCUGGCUUAUUGUAUUUGGUGUUGUUCUUUCUCUCAUUGUGGCUGGAAUUGUUUUCCUCGUUGUUUCAGGGAUUCGGAAACACAAGAAAAAGAAUAAAGAGUCAACAGAGAGAGAAAAUUUAGAAGAGAAAGGCGAAGUGACAAUAACAAUAGAAAAUGGGAUUCCUUGUGAAACACUGGAUUUAAAAGCAGGCCACGUUAAUGGAGUCUUUGCAGCAGAUGAUGAACGGUUCACGUCCUUAUGAAAUGCUGCCAUUGCUAUCUGGUGCUCUUUUGAAAGACUCCUGUGCCUACCUUAUCUCGUCUCUACUGCUGAAUGUCAAACAUGAAGACAAGAAAAAUGUCCUUUCACUUAAUUUCCCUUGAGAGAACCUUUUACUGAUAACACAUACACUGGAGCUUCCAUUACAACGCUUUUGUUUGUGAGCAAAGCAAAUGAGAAGACCUCACAUUAUAGCCAUUUAAGAUUUCAGAAAGAUGUGUGACAACAGAGCUGAAACCUGCCUUGUGUCAGGCAUUUAAUUUUAAUGAUUAUUUAAAUGUCUAUUGUUGUUUUCCCUUGAUAUAAACAUGAAACUGCAUUAUUCUUGACUGUCACAGGGGAGACCAUCUAUCAUUGUCAAUUCUGUCUGGGCUUUCUUUUAAGCCAUAUACAAAAGUUUUCUCUGUAAGCUGAGUUCUGUUUGCUGAUACACUGUAUGCUUUUGGAUGGAAUAGUGAUCAGUGCCUGAAGCUUUUAGUUUAUUUGGGGGAAUAAAAGCUCUGAUAGCCUCUGUAAAAGCAGGUUAAUAAGUGGCUGGGCCAUCUACAGUGUUAAGGACUAGCAAAAAUUUUGUAAUAACUGUAUUUUUCAUGUUAAAAAGUCAUAAAUUACAUGACCCGGAAACCAAAAAUGGCAAGAUUUUGAUUUUUUUUAAAUUAAAAGGAAAGGGGGAUUUUCCACAGGUGCCUCCUGUGGCCAGUGGCCCAACUCUCAUUGAAUUUCUGAGAGCAUAUUUCACUUGUUUGAAAAAUUCUCCUUACAUUUCUUAAUAAUAAAACUAAAGCAGAUUUCCAAGCUAUAUGACCCUGAGCCUAAGGUCAACUGAAAUCUUCAUGUGGCAGCUGGAUAGCUCGUUCAGCCCUUGAAACACCAGCUGCUGUUUUUCAUACAUCAUGCCUGGCUGAGGGCAGAGAGCAUUCAGACCUGGGUUUCCUAGGUAUGUGGCUGGAGGCUGAGGUAUCAAACGAUACCAGGCACUAAAUUUCGUUGCUGGAUUACUUUGCCAUCAGCCAUACAUACAGACUAAGCUAUCUAUGCCCUAAUCUUCUCCCUAUUUAAACCAGUGAUAUAUUUCUUGCUGAUUUGAGAAGAAUUGGGCCUGAGUAAAGGAGAGUUUCAUGUGUGGGUAAUUGCAGACAGAGGAUAUAAACAUGUUGAAGUAAAAUAGGACAUCUGUGGUCACCAAAUGGCUGCCCACAUCACUGGAGGUAGGUUCUGACCAUUAGCUAUCACAUUUUCAGCACCAUGUUUGGAGACAAUGUUAGAAAACUCGUUUGCUUAUUAUAGUUAUUCUAUGCAAUUGGAUCCUUCACCCAUAGGAACAGGUUAAAUCAGGAUAAAAGCUCUUUGUAAAGGACCUUCCAGUGUCCUGAAAGUUAAGGAGGCUUCUCAUGCCCUCAGGUACAAAUUCUUUAGCAUUUUGGCUGUAUCAGGCAUCUUUGGCUAUCCAUUUGGCUUGGCUCUGGCUCUUGGGAAUGGGGUGAGCAGAAUGGGGAGGGGAAUGGGGAAACAGCAGGGUGAAGCAGGGACACUGAGCAAGUGGAGUGCAGAGCUGGGUGAGGGUAGGGGGAGGAGGGCAAAGUAUGAAAUAAAACUGUGGUCCCACCAAUCAUUUGCCUCACUUGAUCUCCUUCUGUGUCCUAGUGAUGGGCCUCUCUGGACAAGGAAUGUGACUUCUCCAUGUUUUGUAGGGUGCACUGCUCGCCUCUCAGUUACUGAUGAUAACAUCUCAUUGCAUCAAAUAGCAUUCAACAACACAGAGACAUAUUUCUCAUAGGUACAUCAAAGGUUAAGCUUGCUAUUGUUUAAGAUCAUUUGGAGGGAAGAUACAGAGUACAGUCUUAUUAUUGCUUCCUCAGUCCUUGCUCCCAGGUCUUUUACUCAGUCAGAGUUUUAUGUUGGUAAUUCCGAUCGCAUCAUUUCCAAACCUUUGCACUCUUCACAUUCUUUAUAUGACAGAUAGCUACACGGCGGCACGACCACAAUAGACUGCUGUAGCAGCAGCACCUCUGCAAUAGCCUGUGAAAGAUUUCAGUACGAAGAGCUUGAUGGUGCAAGAGCAACCCCAAGCUACUGUAUAAAAACUACCGUGGUUCUGUAUUCUGCUGUA